AGCGGGGUCUGGGCCGCUGCAGCCGGGGGCCCCUCCCCGCCGUCCCUCCCCGCUGUCCCCUCCCCCUCGCCUCCUCCGGGUCCCCGGCAGCGGCGGCUGGAGGAGCAGCCGGCGGCGCAGCGGCCGUGCAGCCUUUGUCUCGGGGCCGCGGGGCGGCGGGGCCCAGCGCUGGCACUGCAAGCUUGAGGAAGACAGGAUCUGCUUUGUUCACUGCUGAGUCCCCAGUACCUAGAGAGUGCCUUGUAGCCAGAUGUUCUUAUGGCAUGAUGGCAGGCUGGAGAUCCAGGGAAGAGCUGAUGUUGGCAGCUUAAAUCUGAAGGCAGCCUGGAGGCAGAAUGUCUUCUUCAGGAAGGCUACAGAGAGCAUCCAGUUGUCAUGCAGAUGAUGAGGCUGUGACUGAAUUGCAAAUCCUGGCUACUGUUCCCAAAGAAAGACGUUUCUCACCACCAUUCCAAUGCGCUAGAGAUCCCAGACAUGCAACGGGCAGACACAAAAUGGCAGCCACCAAAGCGCUGAGGGGAGUCCUUCCUGUCCUUUCUGCCCCGGCUCCUGGUUUUUUUCCAUGAUGGCCUGCAACAGCUCCAGCCCCGAGACCUACCAGUACUUGUUGCUGAACGGGAGCAGUGUGUUGGACUCUGGGGUCACCACACCACCCGUCCCCCUCAGGAUAUCCUUGGCGAUAAUCAUGAUGCUGAUGAUCGUGGUGGGAUUCCUCGGCAAUGCCGUGGUCUGCAUCAUCGUGUAUCAGCGGCCCGCCAUGCGCUCCGCCAUCAACCUGUUGCUGGCCACGCUGGCCUUCUCCGACAUCAUGCUGUCCUUAUGCUGCAUGCCUUUCACCGCCGUCACCCUGAUCACAGUCCACUGGCACUUUGGGGAUUACUUCUGCCGCCUCUCGGCCACCCUGUACUGGUUUUUUGUCCUGGAGGGCGUGGCCAUCCUGCUCAUCAUCAGCGUGGACCGCUUCCUCAUCAUUGUCCAACGGCAGGACAAGCUGAACCCGCGGCGGGCCAAGAGGAUCAUCGCCGUGUCCUGGGCGCUGUCGUUCUGCGUGUCGGCGCCCUCGCUGGCAGGCCGGACGUUCGUGGAGGUGCCGGCGCGGGCCCCCCAGUGCGUGCUGGGUUACACGGAGUUCCCGGCGGAGCGCGCCUAUGUGGUGACGCUGGUGGUGGCCGUGUUUUUCGUGCCCUUUGGCGUCAUGCUGUGCUCCUACCUGUGCAUCCUGCACACGGUCCGCAAGAACGCCAUCCGCGUGCGUAACCAGUCGGACAGCCUGGACCUCAGACAGCUCACCAGGGCCGGCCUGCGGCGGCUGCAGCGGCAACAGCAGGUCAGCUUGGACUUGAGCUUCAAGACCAAGGCCUGCACCACCAUCCUGAUCCUCUUUGUGGGCUUCUCGCUCUGCUGGCUGCCGCACUCCGUCUACAGCCUUCUGUCGGUGUUCAGCCGGGGCUUCUACUGCAGCUCCUCUUUCUACACCACCAGCUCCUGCGUCCUGUGGCUCAGCUACCUCAAGUCCGUCUUCAACCCCAUCGUCUACUGCUGGAGAAUCAAAAAAUUCCGCGAGGCCUGCAUUGAGUUGCUGCCCCAGACCGUCCAAAUCCUCCCCAAAGUGCCUGAGCGGAUCCGGAGGAGAAUCCAGCCGAGCACGGUCUACGUGUGCAAUGAAAACCAGUCCGCCGUUUAGGACAUGGAGGGGUUGGGGGGAGGAUGGGGGACUGGUUCCAGGGCACAGCUCAUGCGUCCUUCUGCUCCGGGUCCUGGCGCCUUGGUGGUUGGUAGUCAGCAUUUUUGGUAGCCCUCCCUGUAAGCACAAAGGUACCGUUUGUUACCAGAUAGGUGGCAGCUCCCAGGUUUGCAAGAUGAAUUAUUUUUGUUCCUCCCUGGAGAAGAGCCGUAUUUGGGUCUGAUGGAAACUGGAAGGUAGUUGAGACAAAGUGGGAAUGGGGUGGGCAUAUGGGGGCGGAUAGUUAGGGAGGGGUGCAGGGAGCAAGCACUUGAGUGUGGGGCCGGAGGAAGGCUCUGUCUAAAGAGCUCCCCUGUGCACCUGCUUCCGAGCAGUCCUGUGGUGCCUGCUCUGAGAUGGGAAGCCCAAUAGGGAUCAUCUCAUGGGUUACCACUCACUUCAUUCGAUGCCAGCAUUCUUCAGGUAUUUAUGUUUGUGGAGCAUGGGAAAUACACAAGGCUCUUUAUGUUGGUCGGGUGUGCACUUCUGAUCAUGCCGAAUCGUCCUUUCUAUAAACCAAAAUCGCACCAGGAAGCAGAGUGAGCCCCUGUACUUUUCAGUUGCCCAGUGGGACACAUGGGAGGUGUCAGUGGCUCGAAGCCCAGAAAAUGAUCAGGGGUAGCUCAGCUGAAAUGAGAAGCCCACCCAAGUGUCCUUGCAUGUACCCAACCGCUCCUACCUGGCCCAGCCCUGUCCCCGGGUCUGCAUCAUCGUGUAUCACCUCCUUGUCGGCCGUGACAGUCCCCCUGCCCCUUCUCUCUUUCCCUCCACUGUUCCCCGUGCCUUCCUUUGUUUCAUGCCAUCCUUCUCAUGCACAGAAGAAACCCACUCUUCCUAUAAUUCCUCUUUUCAGCAAGUAUCCAUAGUGACUUGCUUUCAGUUUCAGAAGUGGCCAGUGGGCUUGGUUUAUGUUUCCUCUCAACUCCCUGAGGCUACAGGCUUGGUGAGCUGCGGCAUGGACUUUAGCACUGGGGCUGGGGUGGGGCAGGGGGCAUCAUAAACACCCGACCUGCUGAGUGGUUCCCCAUUGAGCUCUGCCUUCCUCCUACCUCAUUCAGAUCCACAGUCUGACUGCUGCUGUCUGGGCCACCUGCCCGGACCUGGGGCCUCUGACCCCAGCUGGGACCAGGACCCCAGGACUAAAGCUGCCUGGAGGGGACCUUUCUGCUUGUGCCGUCCACUCGGCCACUGUGCCCAGGACCACCCAUCACCACCAGGAGCUUCUGAUGCCAGGGAAUGAUUUUCAAGUUCAGGCAUGCCACUGAAGCCACUGAGCUCUUGUUACAGUUUCAGAUCUGAAGAGAGUGGGAAAUACAAGGAGAGAUUCAGAAAAUCUGAUUGCAAGUCUAACUCUGUCGACAGCUAGUCCUGUUUCACCACACUUGUCCAGGGUCUUGGUUUCCCCAUUUGCCAAGUGAGGAAAGAGGUCUAGAUGAUCUCUAGAGUCCUUUGCCAUUUCGCAGACGCUCAGAUUCCAAGUAUGUAUGUUUCCUACUCAGAGUCAUCCAGUCCCCUGCGUUUAUUUAUCCAUGCAAUGAGCAUUUAUUAAGUGCCUAGUAGGUGCAAGGCACUGUGGGGAAUAGUGAUGAAUAAGGCAUGUGCUGUGAUGAAAAGCAGUUGUCCAAUUUAUUUCGGAUAAUCGUAACUUGAAUUUGGUCUAACAGCACAGAAGCUCUGUUUUUGUCUCUUUUCUCAUUUCCUUUCCAAGAUUGUGUUAAGAGGCCAACUCCCCAUUCUAAUGCUCUCUUCCUAUGGUACUGUUGACAGAGGCAAAGAAAGAGAACAUGCUUUACAUUAACCUAAGCCCAGAGGAAGGUCUGUCAAGGAAAUAAUUGCCACUUUCUCACCAACUCCCCCAUCCAUUUAUAAGCAGACGAGAGAGAGAGAGAGAGAGAGAGAGAGAGAGAGACCGAAGACUGGCAGUUGGCAUGUGAUCAAUUGAGGGGGCUCCCGUCAGCUCUGUGUCCCUAGUGCACCAGGCAGGGUCAGGUUUUGCCUUCAGUUCCCACAAGACAAGUUGCAUGGCUUCAGUGGUGUCCAAAAGCACAGCCAGACCACCCAGGGUAACAGGCCACCGGGCCCUCCCCUCUGGUGGGCGUUUAAGAGAAUGUUCUUCAGCCGCAAAAGAGAAAUCACAAACUGAAUGAAUGAAAGUAUCCAAAUUUCUAUUAAUCAGUGUUACAUGAUGUAUGUUGGACAGUAAUAUAUAUGUUUUAAAGUAAUAAUUUUGUAUAUAUUUUAAAUAAAGUAUUAUUGCU